CGUGCGUCACCAAGAUGGCGGCGCAGGCGGAGGUAGCGCCGGCAGCGGGAGAGGUGGCGGCGAUGGAGGCGCCGCUGGAGGCGGAGCUGGAGGCGGAGCUGGACCUGGAGGGGGCGGAGCUGGAGGAGGUGGAUGUGCACAUCCAGGAGAAUCUGGAGGACGCCCUGGUGCAGGAGGCGCUGCAGACCGGCGUGGACCUGCGCCAGUACUCGCGGCAGGUGGAGCUGGAGCUGCAGGAGGUGGAGAGGGCCUCGAUCCAGGACUACAUCCGGGAGAGCGAGAACAUCGCCGAGCUGCACAACCAGAUCAGCGCCUGCGACGCCAUCCUCCAGCGCAUGGAGGAGAUGCUGGGCUCGUUCCAGAGCUCGCUGAGCUCGCUGAGCUGGGAGAUCCGGGCACUGCAGGGCCAGGCCGGGGCCAUGAACCUGCGGCUGCGGAACCGCCGGGAGGUCAGGGAGAGGCUGGGGGGGCUCCUGGACGAGCUGGUCGUGCCCCCCGAGAUGAUCAGUGUGAUCCUGGAGUCCCCAGUGACCUCCCCCGAGUUCCAGGCCCAGCCCAGGGCCCUGGAUGGGAUUGGAUGGGAUUUCCAUGGAACAUUCCCAGUUUUUGAUGUCAUUUCCCCAUUUUUGGACGGAUUUGGACGGGGUUUUUCCCAUUUUUUGACAUUUUCUCCCCAUUUUUCCCCUGCCCAGUGUGAUCCUGGAGUCCCCAGUGACCUCCCCCGAGUUCCAGCCCCAGCCCAGAGCCCUGGAUGGGAUUGGAUGGGAUUUCCAUGGAACAUUCCCAGUUUUUGAUGUCAUUUCCCCAUUUUUGGACGGAUUUUGACGGGGUUUUUCCCAUUUUCCCCCAUUUUCUCCCCAUUUUCCCCCUCCCCAGUGUGAUCCUGGAGUCCCCAGUGACCUCCCCCGAGUUCCAGCCCCAGCCCAGGGCCCUGGAUGGGAUUGGAUGGGAUUUCCAUGGAACAUUCCCAGUUUUUGAUGUCAUUUCCCCAUUUCUUGACGGAUUUUGACGGGGUUUUUCCCAUUUUCCCCCAUUUUCUCCCCAUUUCUGCCCUCCCCAGUGUGAUCCUGGAGUCCCCAGUGACCUUCCCCGAGUUCCAGCCCCAGCCCAGGGCCCUGGAUGGGAUUGGAUGGGAUUUCCAUGGAACAUUCCCAGUUUUUGAUGUCAUUUCCCCAUUUUUGGACGGAUUUUGACGGGGUUUUUCCCAUUUUUUGACAUUUUCUCCCCAUUUUUCCCCUGCCCAGUGUGAUCCUGGAGUCCCCAGUGACCUC